AUGAGUCAGUCCCAAGUACAUCCAUCUCGAAAGAUCUUGCUGGUGGUUACCACCGGGGGAUUCACGCAUGCCGCUCCUGUUCUAGAAAUUGGCCGGGUCCUCGCGGACCGUGGCCACGAAAUUGAAUUUGCGACACUCGAGGGACAAGAAAGCUGGGUGGAACCCGAGUAUGACUUUGUCAACAAGAUUCAUCACUUGGGUCCCGGACCAACCGCCGUGCAACUGGAUGGUCACUAUCGACGUAUGCAGGCAUGGGAUAUCUCCAAGGGUAUCGGACAAGCCAUGGGAUCCAAAUAUCUGUUCGACUCCUUCUGGCCUCAAACCUACCAUGGUCUCAAAAAGAUCAUGGAUGAUCCCGUCACUAGACCGGACAUGAUAAUUGCGGAUUUCUUCGUCGAAGCAGCCAACGAUAUUCACUUCGAGUACAAGUUCCCAGUAGCAAUCGUCGCUCCCAAUAUGCCUUACUUCCAGUUGCCCUGUUCGUACAUCCCCGGCCAGCCAGGCUUCCAGCUUCCAGGGACCAUGACCUCCGAAGAUGCUCCGAUGUGGCUACGCAUUAUGAAUGAGAUCUUCUUAUUCCCGGAUCUUCCUGCUAUCAUACGUGCAGAAAAAUGGAACAAGAAGAUGCGAAGUGACAACGGUGUCUUUCAUCCACCUCACAAGCCCAGCAAACCAGACUAUCUCUUCUUUGUCAACUCGUUCUUUGGGCUGGAGAUCCCGCGUGAUCUACCUCCAACCGCCGCUCCUGUGGGUCCUCUCUUGAGUCCAACCUACCAGCCACUAGACCAGGAGUGUGGGGCAUUCUUGGCUAGCCAUAAAUCAGUCCUUUAUAUCGCCCUUGGGACUCAUAUCAUCCUACCCCAUAGGGAUGCUGCCAAGAUAUUGGAGGGUGCAAAUCGUCUCAAAGAGGAUGGAUUGAUCGAUGGUGUGGUCUGGGCUAUGGGCAAGACGUGUCGAGCAGACCUUGACCGCGGCACAUCCUUCCCAUUCAGAACCGGUGAUUUGAAUAAAACCACCCUGGGUGAUCUACUCGACAACAAACACCCGGAUUGGGUCUUCCCAUUUUUCGCACCUCAACGUGCCAUCCUGGACAGCGAAUCAACUAAGCUCUACUUCACCCACGGCGGCGGAUCUAGUGCCAAUGAGGGUCUUUAUCACGGAAAGCCUAUGCUAUCAAUGGGUAUAUUCUCAGACCAAAUCGCCAACACCACACGGCUCGUCGCGGGAGGUGUGGCCGAGUCAUUGAAUAAGUUUGGCUUUACAUCGGACGAGAUCUACGACAAAGCCAAGAAGAUCCUCAAAUCCGAAAACGAAACAUACGGCCAUAAUGUGCUGCGCCUGCAGCGCAUUGCUCAUGUUGCUAGUCGUCGCAAGUACCAUGCCGCCGAUCUUAUCGAGGAACUCAUGUACGACAACGAGCUACGGUUCAAAGGCGGGAAGGAAUUGCGCCCUAUGCACUUACAGACCGCCGAUAUGCGUAUGUCUGCCUUUAGAGCUAAGAACUGGGAUCUCUAUACUGUCAGUGGACUUGCUCUAGCUGCGGUUGUGGGAUCGACGUGGAUGGCUGGCCAUUUUGCGUGGCAGUAUCGUGGCCCUGUGGUCGAACAGAUUCGAUCUAUUGCACUUGCAGGUUGGGAAACUCUGAAGAAUACUUUCAACAAGUAG